ACAAAAAUUUGAGUGAGAGGAAAGAGAGAAAGGGACUUUCUCCCUAAGAAGGGAAAAUCACAUUGUUAGUCCCAAUAAAAUUUCUCUCUCCCUUUGAGAACCCUUCAUUUUCGGUAUUCAUUCAGGGGAAUUGAGGAAUUGUUGAGACAAACAAUUAAGUGAUUUUCCGGCAGCAGUUGCGUGUAGAUUUCACACACAAUCUUGUCCGGAAGGUCAGCGUUUGGUAAACAUGGAAGAUUCUCCUUCUUCUCCUUCUCCUUCAAAUUCUUCAUCUUCUACUCCACCUUCUUCUUCUUCGCCCCCUCCUGACUCUUCUCCCCCUCCUUCUCCUCCUGAAUCUUCUCCACCACCGCCAAAAUCUGACUCUUCUUCACCUCCACCACCAAAAUCUGACUCUUCUUCACCUUCACCUCCACCAUCGAAAUUUGACUCUCCUUCACCACCACCCCCUGAAUCAUCACCACCACCGAAAUCUGAUUCAUCUCCUCCUCCUCCAUCCCCUAAUCAAUCACCCCCACCAAAAUCCGAAUCAUCUCCUCCUCCUGCAUCACCACCUCCUACAGAAUCUUCUCCCUCUCCUCCAUCAUCUACAAUUUUUUCUCCUCCAUCGCCGAAAUCAUCUGAUUCUUUUCCUUCUGAUGACAAUGACAACCCUAAUACACAAUCACCACCACCCUCCUCAAACUCUUCAUCAUCAUCCCCACCACCAACCACGAACACCAAACCCUCUCCUUCCAAAAAUACCUCCUUUAACGAACCUAAUUCUCCUCCAUCAUCUACAUUCUCUCCACCCACUCCCAUUUCUCCAGAAUCAUCUCUAUUUCCAUCUGAAAAGGCGUUACCUACUUCUCCACCUUCACGAGAUGCAUCAUCGAAUAAAUCACCUAGUUCCUUAGGAAGCAAUAACUCGCCACCACAUGAACAAUCAUCUUCCUCAACUGUUGCAAUAGUAGCUGCAGUAUCUGUGACAGGUCUAUUAAUUUUGGCCGUUGUCAUUGUCUGCCUAUUAUGUAAUAGAAAGAAGAAGAAACAACCAUACUAUGUCGAUCCUGCACAUCCACCAAAAGGUGGUGAUCCUUACUACAAUACGGGCAAUUAUUCUAGUCCUCAUACGGAUCACAUUGUUACAUUAGCUCCACCACCAGGUGUAAUGGGAACUCCUCAAGAAGCGGGUCUCGGGUGGACCCCGCCACCCCCUCCUCCAGCCGCGAAUACGAGCAGUGAAUUUAGCUCAGGUUAUUCAAGCCAUGUACCUGGAGGAGGGCCAGCUACAAUACCAUCUCCUAAUUAUGGUGGACUAUCAAAAAUUCAAUUCACUUAUGCUGACUUGGCAACCGCCACGGGUGGAUUUUCGGAAGCAAAUGUGUUGGGUCAAGGAGGGUUCGGAUUCGUGCAUAAAGGUGUUUUGACAGAUGGAAGUGUAGUCGCGGUUAAGAGUUUGAAGUCCGGGAGCGGACAAGGAGAGAGAGAGUUUCAAGCUGAAGUAGAAAUUAUUAGUAGAGUUCAUCAUAGACAUCUUGUUUCACUUGUGGGAUAUUGCAUUACUGAUGGACAACGUAUGUUGGUAUAUGAAUUUGUUUCAAAUGGAACUUUGGAGUAUCACCUUCAUGGUAAAGGUCGACCUGUUAUGGACUGGGGCCUUAGGCUUAAAAUUGCUUUGGGAUCAGCCAAGGGAUUGGCUUACCUCCAUGAAGAUUGUCAUCCUCGAAUUAUCCAUCGUGACAUCAAGGGUGCAAACAUUUUACUUGAUAACAAUUAUGAAGCCAUGGUGGCUGAUUUUGGAUUAGCUAAACUUACCGAAGACAAUAAUACUCAUGUCUCCACUCGUGUUAUGGGAACUUUUGGGUACUUAGCUCCAGAAUAUGCAUCAAGUGGAAAAUUAUCAGAAAAGUCAGAUGUAUUUUCAUUUGGAGUUAUGUUAUUGGAACUUAUAACUGGAAGAAGACCUUUGGAUACUACCAAUAAACUCAUGGAUGACAGUCUAGUAGAUUGGGCUAGACCUUUCCUUACGAAAGCACUAGAAGAGAAUAAUUACGAUGAGUUGGUAGACCCGCGACUAGAAGGAAACUAUGAUCCCGAUGAGCUACAAAGGAUGGUAGCUUGUGCUGCUGCUAGCGUUCGCCAUUCUGCUAGAAGACGUCCUAAAAUGAGCCAGAUUUUACGUGCCUUGGAUGGCGAUUCAUCUUUGGAGGACUUAAAUGAAAAAGCUGGCAAGAACAACACGGCUAAUUUUGGCGGUGCAAGUGGGCCCACCUCUGAUCUCUACGACACAUGUGCAUACAAUGCUGACAUGGUGAAAUUUAGGCAAAUGGUGAUGACAAGUCAAGAUAUGAAUAGUAGUGAAUAUGGUAACACAAGUGAUUAUGGACUCCAUCCUUCUGAUACUAGCAGUGAAUUCAGCAGUGAUUAUAAUCAUUCUGGAGCACACAAGCAAGCAAAAUGAUCAAUUUGAUUUAAGGUGGAAGAAUCGGGGUGUUGUUCGGACUCUGCAAAAAUGUUAUCGCAGUAUAUGUAGGUGACAUUUUUAAAGAGUUUGAAAGUAACAUUGUUUUAUUGAGAAAAAGGAGACUCAA